AUGGCCUCAGAACACACCACCUCGCGGCCCAUAAGUGUAAUCUCCAAGAAGGAUGCUGGUAUCCUAUCUCCCAAUCACCGUCCGACAUUAGACGACGUACUUAAUGGACGAGCCGCACCUCCUUAUACCCUAGCUGCAUACACGGCGUUUCUUUCGCAGCAGCACUGUUUGGAGACAUUGGAGUUUGUCACAGAAGCUAAGAAAUAUGCUACAAAGUACGAUGAAUAUUCUGCCAACUUCCACGGUAUGCCCAUGACCACCGAGUCUGCAGAAGGGCAUGAGCUCCAGCAAGAUUGGGUCAGAAUACUGGACAUCUACGUCAAACCAGGUGCACCACGCGAAAUUAACUUGCCUGCUGAGGAGCGGGACGAUCUGGUUGAAGAAGCCACUGAGCCGAAGCCUCCGAGACCUGAAGCGCUUGACCCUGCUGUACGGCGGAUGCGUGACCUGAUGUCAGAUUCCAUUUUCAUACCAUUUUGCAACAGCGUCAAGACCGUCUCACAUGCGGCUACCUACAACGCUCUGUCAGAUUUUGCACGGCCUAAUUUGGGCGAUGCAUCCACGAUGACCUAUGACGAUCGAGGUAGUGCCCACAGGCGCCAGCAAUCGAGCCGAAGACGAUCACCACCACCAACAAGCACAGGAUUUUCACGUUCUCCGCCACAAACAACCAAUCGCUCCUCCGCUCUGACGUCUGGGUUGACCACGACAACCGGUCCUCGAUUAUCACAACACCUCUCCCAUACUUCAGUGGCGUCGGAAGGAGCAACGACAGACGACAGCGGAGGUGGCGGCAGCCCUUUCUCGGGGGAUCUGGAUGCAAUAGUGAGUCCACCCACCACGCCUCCAAUAUCCGAUGUCCCUCAGAUGCAGGCAACUUCACAUACUUCCUCAAGUCACCUGCAAGCUCAAAGACCACCACGUAGUGAGAGUGGUGGCGGCUGGAAGAGAAUGGGUAUGAAGAUAUUUGGGUCAAAAAAGAAGGGGUCUUUUCGAGAAGAUACAUAG